GAGGGUCGGGGCGGGUUGGAGCGGGUCAGUGAAUUUUAAGGGUCAAACUUACACCCCUACUCGCCUUCAUUGAGUUCCACCUUCGAGCUCAACAACAAUUUGUCGAGCAGAUCGCUUAUGCACUGGCCGACGAUUGAAGGAGUUGGUGUUAGCACGGCAGACUAGAACACUCGUAAAAUUUGGGAGGGAGAAAAGUGUUAGUCUAUACACUUCGAACCUCUAACACUCUUGCUAUUCUUGAACACAUGUUCUCCAUUGGACUACAACUAAUUUGUUGUUAGUAAUUAAAGCAUAAAUAUAAUUAUAACGCAACAACACUUUAUCACCAACUUUUUGAAAACCUACCAAUUAAACCACAAUCCGGGUACAGCUACCCCUUCCCCGCAUUCUAACACACGAAGAACAAAGAAAUCAGUCAACCUCCGACCCUCCUAUGGCUACUGUGCUCAGUUGACGGUGGAGGCAAAAGUGAAUCAAUCAUAUAUAUGCGUCUCUAUAUUUGCUUCUCAGUCGUAUUAAUUUUUAACGAUUGCAACUACAAGUAUUUACAUAGCCUUUUCAUCUUUGGGACGUUACUUCAAAAGCAAGUUUCGGAAUGGAAUAGACAAUAAGUUCACGAACACUUGUCCGGUAUAGGUAAAGACUGGUGUACUUCUGGAGUAUACUAUACUCCAGGUGAUCUGGCAAUUAGAUGUAGUUCGAUGAGCUCCGACCAAUCUCAACGGUCAAUUGAUAUUUUCCAUUAAAUUGAACUUCGACAUUGAGUUUAGAUAAUCGAAGCCUGGGGUUUAUCCAUUAGAGGUUAGGGUAUAGUAUCAUAUUCCAAACUCGGCUUAAUUAAUUCGUUGAGUACAUAGAUAUAUCUCACUAGAAGUACCUGGAGUAUUCCACAAGUACACCCGGCCGUCUAACUUGUUUAAUAUAAUUUACGUAGGAAAAGAGAUUUGUUGAGCGUGCUAGACAGUAAGUGUUAUUUUAUUUUAUUUUUUUUCUUCAAAAGAUUCUGUGAACUUUUGCUGUAACUCAUGCUAAUUAAGGAUGACAAUUUCGACCUGACCCGUUUUACCCGACUUGUUUGGCCUGCUUUGGGGCGGGUCCGAUCCGGCCCGUAGGUGGGACGGGGCGGCCAUGGGUACCUCUCGUCUACCCGACCUGUCCUGACCAGUCUCAUUCUCGACCCGUUCUUGCCUAAAUUACAUGUGAACUUAGUCAAAUUACUUAGAAUUUUCCUCAUAUUACCUCAUAUUUUAGCUAUAAUAAAAUUGUAAAUAAGUGAAAACCUCAAUUUCUCCAAUAAUUUAACUACAUUUUAUCAUAUUACGGUUUAUUUCUUGGUCUUUUAAAUAAAAUAAUGAAUAUUUUUAAAGUUUUUCACAUAAAUUACACACCCAUUGGGUCGACCAGCCCCAACCCGCGCCCCAUGAUAAAUUACCCAACCUAUACCCGACCUGUUAUGGGGCGGGUAUGGGUAUCGAGAUACCCGGUCCGGACCUGCCCAUUCUCAUUCCUAAUGCUAAUCAGAAAUAGUUACUAGCUAAUAUUGUAAGGAUUAUACUUUAAUGUUUUUUUGUAGCCAAAGCACAAACAUUGUACUUAUAGCCGAACAGACAACAACGCAAGUACCGUGGCGGUUUAUGCAUGGAUCAAGAAUAUAUGUUCUGCCGAACCGGGGCAACUAUAAAUACGGAACUGAUCAUCAGUAGUUAAUCACUCUCUCUAAUUAGCAUAUACAAAAUGAGUUCAUCAUCAUUAGGGAGGAAAUAUAACAAUAAGGCGAUGGCGGCCGCCGUUUUGCUACUCCUCACGUCGCUCGGAAUUCGUACAACGUCGGCGGCGGUGCCGGUGGUACUGGACUAUGCGUGCAACGCCGCGAAGUUCGACGCGGACGAUAAGCGGGGUGCUUGUGUAAAUCCCCUGCUCAUUGAUUUGCUCGGGGAUCAGAAUGCGAUGUACACUUACAAUUACUACGACACUUAUGACGGCUGCGAUUACGGCCGGAGCGUUAUCUACGGUUACCUAUACUCGGAGCCGGACUCCGGUGUGUGCAUCGGAAAGGCGAUGGAUGCUCUCCUGAACCGGCAGUACUGCGGCGGCCGCAUGGGAGGUCAAGCUUCGGGCGAAGGCUGUUUCAUGAGGUUUGAGGUUUACGACUUUGCAGACGAGGUACUGUAAGAUUUUUGUAAUGACUUGAUCACGCGAUGGACUUACGGGGAAAAAAAUUGUGUCGUAGGAGAUAGAGUUUUGUUUGAGUCGUUUAAGUUUUUGAAUUGUUACGUUGCAUUUUAGUUCAGUUUUGAGAGCUUUCGGCUUGAGUGGAGAGUUGAGUUAGCUGGUUAUUUGGUAACGUACGAUACAAUUGUUGGAAUAACGUAACUCGUCUGAAAAUAUCAGAAUCGAAAUAACAAUUUUCCUUGCAAGCGUUGUUUUCAUGUGGAAUCGAAAAUUCCUGCUCUUUUUGUGUUUGCGUUGUAUAAUCAUUUGAAACAAGACAGACAACAAAAAAAGGUACUCGUUGUGAAUAUUAGGGGUGUGCAUCCAGUCGGUUCGAUUUUUCUAACACAAAUACAAACAAUCGAACCCAAACCACCCUCGUUUUCCGAGCCAAAUUCCAUCCGAAUCAUAUCUCGGUUCAGUUCGUUCCAAACCGAAAUAAUUCAAAUUCGGUUCUGAUUUGAUUGAACUGUGGACCUGGCCGCUCCCUCCUCCUCCUAUACGGCGUCGUGUUGGAAAAUAUGAUGAAAGACGUUGGUUUAAUUAUUGGGUCAUGUUAAUUAUUGAUCCACUUGAAUUAAUUAACCAACUUUUUCUUUCAUUUAAAUUAACCAACACAUCCAUUUAACUUUCUGCACGUGAUGGUUUAUGGUUUGAUUUAAAUGGAUGAGUUUGAUGAUGGUACAAACACAUCACAUCCUUUCAUUUGAAAUAAACCAAAGCUGCCCACAUCUUUUCAAUUUGAAUUAGCCAAACGUCCCUCCAGUUUGGAACCAGAUAAGUUUGGGGGUGGAUGGAACAACACAUCCUUUUAAUUCAAUUGAAUGAAGUAGUGCGUCCCAACCAAUGCAACUGAUGGAGAUGGCCAUAGACUUUGUUGAGGGUGGAAAUAUUUUUUACGGAAAAAACUUCGAUCACGACUCUAUCACAAUCCUAAUCACCAGGUCUCGGGCUUUCGUACUAUUACCCUCGUCCCUAAAAGUCCCAACACGUCGUUCUAAUGGCACCACUCCUCUUGUCCAAACUCCCCCAUCUUCAACUGUCGAGAGAGAAAGAUCUGCCAGAGAUAGUGGCCCUGAUUGGUUUCGUCGACGGAAAAUCGAGGAAAAACAUAAUGAUGAUGAACUCAUUUUGUGUAUAUGCAAAGUAAUAUUACCUAUUGGCUAUUGCAUGUAAUUUAAUCAUCAGUUUAUAUAGUUGGACAAAUUCGGCAGAAUUCCUGAUCCAGGGAGAAACCGCCACCGUACUUAACGUUGUUGUAUGUUGGUCUAUAAGUACAACUAGCUUUGACCCCUGCCCUUCGGGCAGGUAGCUUCUUCGUUAUUGUGUAUAUGUAUGAUAUAGUUAUUAAAUUAACAAAUUUUCUAGAAUCACGUAGCUAGAUUUUGUAAAAAAUACCAAAUAGAGUCAUUAAAAGUUUUCCUGGUAAAUUACAACGCAAAAUUCACCUCCUAGAGACAUUCAAGAAAGAAAGGAAAAACAAACAUCUCUAUUUUCGUAAACAGUGGAAGGUACAUUCAUCUUAAUGAUGGUUCAAAGAAAAAUCUUGUGGACAUGUCAUGUCGUCUUGCUGUUAAACUCUGGUCAAUCUAUAAAAUUGCGUACGAUGCCUAAUCCUACCAUCUAGAGUUAGGGUUAUUUAACGCACGUCAGCUAGUGAGUGAAAAUCCAACUGAUGUAGUGGAUUAGAAAUCUCGAGAGAAGUUACAUUGAGUCUCUAUACGAAAAUAACGCUAUAGAACAAUUGUCGAAUGAUGAGAAUGAGCGAGAUGAUGUUCAUUAGAGAAAAUCUUGAGGGAAUGGAAAUGUUCUAUGGUUGAUGUGGAUUGGCCACUCGUAAUCUAUGGAAAAAACUCAAAAUUAUUUAUAAAGAAAUAUUACGUGUAGGUACUCGGAAAACAAAUAUUUAUUAGAAUAACAUAGAAAAUUAUUUAUUAUUUGAAUGAGUAAAUAAUUAUAAUUAUUGUUAACUAAUUAUCAUAAACAAUAAUAAUGAAUUAUCCAAUAAUUUAUCUCUCAUCAGUUAUCUCUCACGGAACCAAAAGAAAAAAGAAAGAAACAUGUGGAGGAAGAAUUCUGAAAAGGAAAGAAGACUGUGCAAAUAGUAGGCAGUAGGCACUUUGGUUAGAAAAGCAAACGGAGAAGAGUAAAGAAAUUUAAAAAAUGAACAAAACAGAUUAGAAGAAACCGCUCCACUGGGAAGAAGAAAACAUAAAAAAUUACAGUAUGAUUAAUCGAAACUAAAAGUGUAGUGUCAUGAAUCAACAUUCGCCACGAAAUUGUUAUGCUAAAUUAAUUGGAAAUCUAACCACAUUGCAUCCUCCUUCCCUGCAGCACUGCUUGUUACUUUAAUGUGGCAAUUGCAUUAGGCGAAGUCAAAGUAGUUGUAGUUGGUAGGCAAGGAAUAAGGGAUUGAAAGGGGUAAAUAAAUUGGAACUUUAAUCUAUGUAGAGGUGGAAUUACCUGUGGGAAUCCAGAUCACUUGUUGGAAAUAAGAAUGUAGACGACGUUGCUGGUAUGUUGAGCGCAGUCGGCGGCGGGAACUUUGUGGAUUCGCCGUGCGGUGCACAAAAUAAUGAGGUCAAAGAACGGAAGCGGAAAAGGGAGAGAACGGUCGGCGGAUGGGGAAUCCUGGGUCUGCAGAACAAAUGACUGAAUAUUUUGAGGGCGAUCGCGGCAGGGUUAAAAGGAAAUUGGGAGGCCGGCAUCGGCGCGGAAUAGGGAUUUUUACCGUACACGGAGAUGAAAUUGGGAAGGAAUUAGUGGUCUGGGCGGGACGGGAGUUUGUGGGCGAUAAGGAAAAAAAAAUAAUACUUUACCAAAAAACUAAAGGGCCCAGUAAGGGGAAAAAGAGAGCGGGUGACGUGGAAGGUUGUGCGUCAAAUGCAGGGUACGUGGCAUGGGGGCAAAUAUCAAACUGCUUUAAUGUUUUUAGAGAUGUUGGUGCUCUAGAAGAUUGUUUAGACUCUUACGUACACUAAAAAAAAACAUUUAAGUAUGUACAGGGACGGACGCACUGGGCUUUAGGGGACACCCCUAAAUUUUGGAAAAAUGAUUAUUCAAUUCACGGUGGUAAUUUAUGUAUGGAUAAAAGUAUUAUAAUUGAUAGUGAGGUAUACUCCUAAAAUUUAAAAAAAAUGAUUAUUCUACUGUCAUUUUUUAAAUUUGUGUAUGGGAAUAUAAGCUGUAGGUUGGGUAAUUCAAACCUAGAGCACUAUUAUUAUUAAUAAACUUAAUUUCCAUUGAACUACAACUCAUUUGUUGUUCGAUUUUGAACACUGUAUCAUAGUAAAAUGUUAUUCCGUAU